AUGUCAGACAAAGUGAAGGAUGCGGUUAUUGCCGAGGCCAACAGUGUCCGUGCGGCUUCCCAAGAUGUUGUCAAAUCCGGCGCGUAUCUGUACCCGUUCAAGGGCAUAAUCUUCUUCGCAACCCACAAAGGUCUCUGGGGUCCCUUUGCUUCCCGCGCCGGACGGACCAUCAGUCUGGGGCUGGGCGUCACGACAGCCAUGUUCUUCUUCACCUACGUGCCGCAGAUGGCCGUAAUGGCCCUCACCAGUGGCCCACUGGCUGCGGUUUCCGCUGCUAUACUUGUCCUAAGUGAAAGCUCUGCGAUAACCAAUCUCCUCUCACGCUCCUUCCUUCUCGAAGAUGCACUUCUCGACACCUUCGAUGGUACCCUCAUCGCCCGCAACCAGGAGCCUCUCCUCGCACAGGGGCGCCAGAUCAAGCCCCAGUCUGGAGGUAGGACUGCCGCAGCGAGGCUGGGAAAGAUGCUUAGUCGCCCCUUUACACGACUGAAGCCACAGGCGCUGCUACGAUCGUUGAUCUAUUUGCCUUUGAAUCUGAUUCCCGUGGUUGGAACCGUGUUGUAUAUUGCUGUGCAAGGGAAGCGAGCUGGGCCGAUGCUUCACGCACGAUACUUCCAGCUCAAGGGUUGGAACUCUGAGCAACAGGGGGAAUGGGUGACAAAGCAUCGGGGGGCGUAUACUGCACUUGGUAUUGCAUCCUUCGUCCUUGAAAUGGUCCCAUUUGCCUCUAUCGCAUUUUCUUUCACGAAUACUGUUGGCGCGGCCCUGUGGGCUGCUGAUAUAGAGAAGGCUACAGAGUAG